CUUCUUCCUUCUUCUCAAGGUUAGAAUACGCGCAGUCACAGAAGGAGAGAGAGAGAGAGAGAGAGAGAGAGAGAGAGAGAGAAAAGUGAGCCAUGGAGUUUGAGAAGAGAAAGGCAAGUGCACUUGCAGCCAUAGCAUCAGAAGAGACGGACAAGUCCCCCAAGGGCACAUUAGACACGCCCAUAAUACCUCUCAUCAGAGCCCUCAACCAACAUUCUUCUUACUUCACCACCAGCUCUUGCUCCGGCCGUAUCUCCAUCCUCUCUCAACCUUCCCAAACCACUUCUUCCACCUCCACCACCACCACCACCGCCAUUAAGAAGAAGAAAGCCAGAGGCGGCUCUUGGCUCUUCAUAACCCACGACCCCGCCGAUCCCGACUCGGUUGUCGACCUCCUCUUCGGAGCCGAAUCGACUCGCUCAGAGCAGCAGGGCGAGCUUGUUUUCAGGUUCGAACCCUUCAUACUCGCCGUCGAAUGCAAAGACAUCUCUUCUGCUCAGUCUCUGGUUUCCACCGCCAUUUCUUGCGGCUUUAGGGAAUCGGGCAUAACGAAUGUUCAGAAGCGUAUCAUAAUCGCUGUUAGAUGUUCUAUACGUCUGGAGGUGCCUCUGGGAGAGACUGGUCGGAUCAUGGUCUCGCCGGAGUAUGUUCCGUACCUCGUCGGAAUCGCGAAUGAGAAGAUGGAGAUGAAUAGGAAGAGAACUGAAGCUUUUCUCCAAGUGUUGCAGAGCCGUGGUCUUUCGGGACCUACACAGCCGGCACUGGAGAGUCAGAAAUAUACUUUGGCUAGUGAAGAUUGUGGUGUGGUUGAUGAACCGACUAUUGAUUCUGCCCAACUGAUGAUUGAAGACUGCAACGCGGCGAGUACAGAUGCGGAUACCCAAAUUGGGUUAUCAAGAGAUACUGGGUGCAGUAUUUCCGUGACCCAGGUAGUUAUUGUUGGGGAACCGGUUGAGAAGCUUUUUCUUUGGGGUCAUUCUGCCUGUACCUUAAAUAACACCAACCACACAAAGAUUUUAGUUUUUGGUGGCUUUGGAGGGUUGGGAAGACAUGCACGAAGAAAUGAAUCUUUAGUACUUGAACCAUUUUCCGGAAUAUUGAAUGCCAUAAAUGUUGAGGAACUUCCUUCUCCUCGCUUGGGUCACACAUCCUCGGUAAUUGGACAGUAUGUUUUCAUCAUUGGAGGCAGGGGUGAUCCUACAAAAAUUCUGGAUGAUGUUUGGGUUCUUGAUACGGAUAAAAAUAAAUGGACGUUGCUAGAAUGUAACGGCAAUAUGUUCUAUCCUAGGCAGAGGCAUGCAGCAGCAGCUGUAGGCUCAAAAAUUUAUGUAUUUGGUGGCCUUAAUAAUGAAGUGAUCUGUUCUUCCAUGCAUAUCCUUGACAUGGAGAAUUCAAGGUGGAGCGACAUAAGUAUCUCGGGGGAAUGGCCAUGUGCCCGUCAUUCCCAUUCAUUGGUUGCAAAAGGGUCUCAACUGUUUAUGUUUGGAGGAUACGAUGGGGAAAAACCACUAGGUGACCUUUACAGUUUUGAUACUAAAACAUGUCUGUGGAAAAAGGAGAAGACAGCAGGGAGAGCCCCACAUUCAAGGUUCUCACAUUCUAUGUUUGUCUAUAAGAACUAUCUUGGCAUUAUUGGGGGCUGUCCUGUGAGACAGCAUUAUCAAGAGGUAGCAUUACUUGAUCUCCACUCCCGUCUUUGGAAAUUUGUGAUGCUUGACUCACUUGAAAAAUGCCUGUUUGUACGUAGCACAGUCAAUAUUGUUGGUGAUGAUCUUGUUGUGAUAGGUGGUGGUGCAUCAUGUUACGCCUUUGGAACAAGGUUUACUGAGCCUAUGAAAAUGAGUUUGCUCCCACUAAUAUCUCCUGAUAAUGUCAUCUUUCCUUCUGACUUGGAUGAAACGGCUAUCAAGCACCAGCCUGAAGAGGCAAUUGUGAAGAAUAAUGACUUCUUAGUUACUGGGAGAUUUCUAGGAACAAAAUUUACUGAAAAUUCGUACUCAAAUUAUGAGCCUGAUGUAGUUUCUGUGAGUUCUGAACUUCAGAUGGGUGCCAAGCAUUGGGUUCUUCAACUUGGAAGAAAAUAUGCUAAACUGGGGAAGGAUAUCCUGAAGAAAUUUGGAUGGCUAGAUCUUGGAAGAAAGGUUUAUUCAUGUGAAGAUGAACUGCUUAUUUGCCUACCUAUUACUGAAAAAUUCUGUGCCUUGUUUAAUGAAAAGGAACAUGAUCUAAGAGAUGCCCUUGGUAGUAAAGGUGGACUUCAUUCUGUCAUGCCAUCCACAGAAAAGGGGGUCCUAAUAAAUGAGUUGUCUUGCCCUAUGGCAUUGAAUUUUUUGUUAGCAUGUGGUGGUUCUAUACUAAAAGAUGAGGUGGUCCGCAUCAGAAAGUCUCCAAGAUCUCCACUAAAGAUAAUGAGUGAAGCAGUCAGCUAUUUGCUCAAGGACCGAGGCCUCCCACAACAUUUGUUAGAGCAGUUACCCAUCAGCUGCUUUAGGUGGGAGCGUCUUGGAGAUAUUGUUGUGCUUCCAGUAUCAUCCUUUAAGGAUCCAGCAUGGAAUUCAAUUGGGGAUGAACUUUGGUCCAUUGUUGCCAAAUCACUUGGUGCCCGUCGGCUUGCACGCCAAAGGUUUGGGACGAAGGAAGCUGCCAUGGAGGUGACUCAAAUCGAGUAACAUUAACCCCAAAGCUUUGAUCUUGUUGUGUGAAUCGAUCGAUUGCAGAUCUGGUCUCUGUUUAUCGCCUGAAGAAAACUCAAGAUUGGAAUAUUAGGUCUAAGUUCUUUGCUUGACAUCUGUGAGGGACAGAGCCGACAGAGCUGGUGAUGUAUUGAACCUGCAUGUGAUCUUCCAUGUACCUGGACCUUGUUUGAAGAGCUGGGUCGAGUUGAAGAUGACUGGCUGCCGUUGGUCUUGAGUUCCAUCGUGGCCUAAUGUUGAAGAAGACCUCAUAAAUUAGGUUUUACAUCCUUACUUUAUCAAAUUCCAGAUUUACCCCUUAUCUUCUCAAUUAACUUAUUUUACUUAGUUCCAAUUCUACCCCUCCCCAUCUUGUACGUUGUUUCCCUUUUGAGAAUUCCCCUUAUGUUUGAGUCAUCAUCUAUUUACCAUUUUGCCACCCUUUAUUAGAAACUUCAAGUUAUUCACAAUUUUUCCACUUUUCUUAAAAAAAAAUUCAGAAUAAGCCCUUAUAUUAAAGUUUUUAGUUCUAGAACUACCCCAGCUGUCAUAUAAUUAUUUCCAAGGCCUUGCUUGUUUCUGAAAUUACAAGAAUACCCUUCAACCAUUAAAUUUGAGAUUUUUAGUCAUUCUUGUGGGCCCUAAGCGAUCCGAUUUCAGUUCUUGGAAUCCGAAUCCGCAUCACUGAUACACACUGAUGCAUACCAAUACUUAAGAUACGUAUCUACAGAACCCAUUUCACUUUUGAAACAGAGUAUGUUCUCUUUGCUGGUGGUACUUAAGUUUCCAAAAUUUGAACAACUGCACAAUCGAUUUCCCUUUCAUUUCUUGGACUUGGGGUUUGAAUCAUUCACAGAAAAAUGAUUCAAAAUCUACAAUCAAACUGAUGUUUAGAGGUUUAAAGCAUAAAAAAUCAUCAAUUGAAGCUAAACAUAGCGCAAGAUAGGUAGAUUGAAAAAACUCAAUUUUUUUUGGCAAAUUUUUGUUCUUAAAUCUGUUUUUUUUUCUAUGUUUGAGUAGAUUUAGGUAAAACAAACUACUGCAUCAAUUUGUAUAUAGAUUUUGGGGGAAAAAAAAAAAAUUGAUACUGAGUAGGAAAAUUUAUAUACAUAUAUUGUAUGUCAGUAAUAUGGAAAAUACCUCAUCUUUUAUAACAAUUUGAAUUGAAUGUACUUGUCUCGUUAUAUGUUGUUUUCCAUUUUAGUGUUUGUAUAUGAUACAUCUUAUAUAUUGCUCAUAUAUAGUUUUUUUUCUCCAAGUGUGAAUUUCCAUGCAUAUCUUGACCAUUUCCAUACGUAUCUUGCGUAUAUCCGAUACGAUACGUCUUUUAAAAUACUCCUCUGAUGUGAUACCGAUGCUUUAAUCCUUGCUUGCAUCCAAUGAUGUUAUAGCCCUAGUGGUAAGUUAAUAAAAUACCAUUUUUCCACUUAAAUACAAGGCAUUGGUUUGGAAAAGUACGUUGGAGGAAGGAAAUUUAUCUUAUUCCCUUCUUGAGUAGCUCAUGCUGAUAUGGUGUCAUCAAUUUUAGCUGGAGCUAUGACAUCGUCACCAGCGUUUAUAUGCAUGUAGUGAUGACGGUGUUGAAGACUGAGUAUUGGAAGUCAAGUUCCAAUCAUAGUCAUUUGAUGAAAAAUCUAUUUAAUGUGCUUCACAGAAAAAUGUCUUGAAAGGUGACAGCUUAACAGUGAGAAUUGGCAUAUUUUAGU